AUGGACGAGCAAGGGACGGAGAGGGGGCUCCAGCUGCUGCUCCCCGCAGCGGCUGCUCGAGUCCUCGGCGACGUGCCCGCCAGCGCCGCUGGCGGAGACCACCACCAGCAGCUCGACCUGGACCUGUCCAUGAGCAUUGGGCCGAGGCAGCAGCAGCUGCAGAUGCCACGGCCGGCGCCGCCGACGCCACCUGCGAACGAGACCAGGAGAGCCUCCACGGCCACGGUGGCGGCCAGCGCCGCGAGGCAGCUCCAGCAGCAGCAGCAGCAGGUGGCGGUGGACGUGCGCGCCGUGAAGCAGCAGACGGCGGAGCAGGCGCGGAUGGCGUCGGCGGAGCGCGCCUACGCGGAGCGCGUCCGCGAGCUGGCGAAGCGGGAGCUGGAGCUCGCCGAGAGGGAGUUCGCGCGCGCCAGGAUGAUCUGGGAGCGAGCGCGGGAGGAGGUGGAGCGGGUCGAGCGGAUGAAGCAGAUCGCCGCCAGGCGGCUCGGCUCAGCCGCGUCCGUCGCGGCGCUCGAGAUCACCUGCCAUGCCUGCAUGCAGCGCUUCCACCCUUAAUUAGGUCGGCGGACUACAACGACAUGGCCGGCGAUCUAUGCCCGCAGGUCGCCACUGCUAGCUGUAACUCUCCCUCCCUCUCUUUUUCUUGUCCCUCCUUUCAUAGUUUCAUGUGAGUGCCAAGCCAACAGACUGCCAUUGUCACGUUCAGUUUGAGACGAUAAGCAUCUGGUUGAUGCAUGCAUCAAGGAAUUCUCUCUUCAAUC